AAAGACGCACGGUAGUGUAGGUCUUGCAAUGAGAGUGAGGAUGGGGCGGGAACAGGAUGGUACGUGCCCACGUACUACACGUAUUUCAAUGCCAGUGGUGAUUUUUUUUAAGAUUGACACAGAGAAAUACUGCUGAAAAGCUACCGGUAGCACAGGAUGGGGAGAUUGGACUCCGUGUAAAAGUUCAAACAACAUUUUGGAAUUGUGGCUUGCUUUGAUGUGCCUCAGUACAAUGACAGGUGUUUCUGUGAUUGGGAAGCCUCAAUUUAUUAGAAAGCUCUGUCGGUUAAGAGAAAGACAUCCAAGGUGUUGGUGAAAGCCCACACUUCUAGUGAAAUUAAACUGUCAGAGAGGUUGACACACUGGAUGGGUUUGCUGAUUUCAACGUACACGAUGUAUAUAUGUGAGUAGUCCUGCACACUCUUUGGAAUUCAGCGAUGGCCGAUGUCCUUCCUGAUUCUUUUGGCCUGUCCACUCUUCUCAUCGCUCUGCGGACUUGUUUCAUCAUCAUCCUGGCAAUCCUGAUCAUAACUGGCAAUAUACUCUCUAUUGCUGUGAUGAAUCGUAUGACCGACUUGGCUGACAGCACCAAGGUUCUGUUGACAGCGCUGGCCGCCUCCGACCUGCUUGUUGGCUUGUUAUCUCUUCUCUCUGCCGUUGCUUCAGCGCUGGACAGAUGGCCGUUUGGGACGGUUGGAUGUACGCUAGUAUCAUACUGUACAUUCAUUGGUUUGUUUAUUUCUAUAUUCUCUAUCACUGGACUGAACGUUGACCGGUACAUCGCUAUCACAAGGCCUUACAAGUUUCCCGUGUGGUGCAGCAAACAACGUACUGUAAUUUUUGAAGCCACUGUCUCAAUUUUAGCCGUCUUUGGUUCAAUGAUUCAACAUUUCAUUGGACAACAUAUUCAGUACUACCCAGCUUUUGCCAUGUGCUUUUUUAGCUAUACUUCUGAUGCUUGGAACAUAGUGGUCACAGUCAUAACCUUGGCCAUUCCAACACUAGUCAUAAUACCCAUUUAUUACCGCAUCAUUCGGAUCAGUCGACAACAUCAACAGCGUGAUAAUUCAAACAAUGAAGGCAACAAAGCUCUGAAAGUGUUUUUGAUGGUCACCUUGACAUUUGCCAUUUGCUACUCACCGAAUUCACUCCUGCGCUUGGUGGAGGGUUUAACUAAUUGGACCAGUCCAGAUUGGCUCCAGUUCAUUGUAGAGUGGCUUUUCUUUGCCAACAGCGCUUUCAACGUGUUCAUUUACUGUCUCUUCAACCAGGCUUACCGACAGAUGGCUAAGAAAGUUAUUCAAGAGAGAAUCCUGUGUUGCAAGCAUUCUGCUGUGGGACCAGUGAACAUCUAAUAAUGAAACAGAACAUGUAACUCUGGUUGACCGUACCAGUGACAGAACCUAAUCCUUGAUGAGGAUAGGCAAUGUUGGUACCCUGAAAAGGCCUGCUUGGGUAGAGACUACAACAGAGCCAGCUGCCUGCUUUCAAGGAAUAAGAGAGACUGGAAUCGCUUUAGGAGAUCCUGUAGAAGGCAACCUAAUAAUUAUAAUGCAUUAUGCAAUCUUCAGCUGCAUUUUGACUUCAUCACAUCAAGGGAUGUAAAAUCUGAUCCCAAGCAUCCGGCAAUGAAAACAGCAAACUAUCGAAACACUUUUCCCUCCGCUCUCAUUGUGCACAAUCAGUGAAAGGUGCUACACACUCAGAUCCCUGAACCCGGAUCUUCUAGAAAUGACACCAGUGUGCUUUUUUUAUCAUCCCGAUUAAAAGGAGCUAUUAAAGGUCCCUGGGACAGUUCAUAAGAUAGUACA